AUGUUUCGUAACUUGACUAAGAAACUUCAAGAACAUUUUCAACUUCUAGAAUUUCCAAAGGAACUCAUAGAGGAGAAUAGUUUACCUUUUAAGAUUGCUUCCAAUAUAUCGAUAAAAAAGUACAACAAAUUUCUUGAAAGCCGUAAACCGUCUGGGUACAAGCUUGAGUAUAAUAACGGCGACGUUAUUAUUAUUGAUGUGUGCACGGAAGUACACGAGGCCGUUGUUGCACUGUUGCAAGAUUAUUUCAAAAUUCCAAAUGGUGGCGUUAUUAUUAAUCCACCAAUACUCAUUAGGGGUCAACCAUUUCAUCCUUCACCAAAUGCAGAUGGACUUGACAUUGCCCCGGAUAUUGCAAUAUAUCCAGAUGAGGCAUAUGUUUCAAGACCUCCCGAUUCUGGACCUCUCAAUCUUGGACCUCCCCCAAGCGACACAAUGGGGAAUUCUCAUGCUAGAAUAAUAUGUGAGGUUGCAGUUAGUCAAGAUGACCGUGGAUUGAGAAAAAAGUGUGAACUUUGGAUGAGUCAGAUGUAUGCUACAUUAUGGAGACAGGGAUUUCCAACCAGAAAAUGGCAUUUUGGGACUGUGCAAAAACGUAGUAAUCGACCUACUGGGUGUAAUGCUCCAGGCAUUCCAGCAUAUCAGAUCAACAUUCCAAUAAGUGACGUAUUUUAUGACCCACCUAUUCCAGCUAUCGGAUAUGUUCCACUGGUUUCUCAUCCUGCAAUUCCUGAUGGUAACUUUAUCAUUGAUCUUUACGAAAUUCAGCAAAUAAUCUUGAAACGUCAGCCAAGAUAG